AUGUCUACCUCCCCCCUGAUCAAGCACAAUCUCUCCGCCGCCCCCUCCAAAUCCUUCGGAAGAGUCAACCUACAGUCCGCAUCGCUCCACAACUCGACCAUUCAACGUGUGGCCAUCCAACCCGGGGGAGGGUGGUCUGCCGACCUCAAGGCCCAGGCCGGGACCGACAGCUGCCAAAAGCAGCAUGCAGGCUAUGUGCUAAGUGGGACGCUCGGCGUGCGCAUGGACGACGGUACCGAGGAGCAUUUUGGUCAAGGGGAUGUGUUUGGCGUAGCGCCAGGACAUGAUGCAUGGUGUGUAGGUGAUGAAGAGGUGGUAUUUGUAGAGUGGUCGGCGGCGUGA